CUCCACCGCCACCCCCGCACCGCACCGGCACCCCGCGGCACCCCGCACCGCCCCGGCCCCGCCGCUCCCGCCGCUGCCUGGACUAAUGGCAAAGGAGUGACCCAGCAUGGCAGCUAUGGUGCCACCAGUGAAGCUGAAAUGGCUCGAGCAUCUCAACAGCUCCUGGAUCACCGAGGACAGCGAAUCUAUUGCCACGAGGGAGGGAGUGUCCGUCCUGUACGCCAAGUUGGUGAGCAAUAAAGAAGUAGUGCCAUUGCCCCAGCAGGUUCUGUGCCUCAAAGGACCUCAGUUACCGGAUUUUGAGCGGGAAUCUCUGUCCAGUGAUGAACAGGACCACUACCUGGACGCCCUUCUUAGCAGCCAGCUGGCUCUGGCCAAGAUGGUGUGCUCAGACUCCCCGUUUGCCGGGGCGCUGCGCAAGCGUCUGCUGGUGCUGCAGCGCGUCUUCUAUGCACUUUCCAACAAAUACCACGACAAGGGCAAGGUGAAGCAGCAGCAGCACUCCCCGGAGAGCAGCUCUGGCUCCACGGACGUGCACUCGGUCAGCGAGCGGCCCAGGUCGAGCACGGACGCGCUCAUCGAGAUGGGGGUGCGGACCGGGCUGAGCCUGCUCUUCGCUCUGCUCCGCCAGAGCUGGAUGAUGCCGGCGGCGGGGCCCGGCCUCAGCCUCUGCAACGACGUCAUCCACACUGCCAUAGAGGUGGUCAGCUCCCUGCCGCCCUUGUCUCUCGCCAACGAGAGCAAGAUCCCCCCCAUGGGUUUAGACUGUUUGGCACAAGUCACGACGUUUCUUAAAGGAGUCACCAUCCCCAACUCCGGGGCGGAUACUUUAGGCCGUAGAUUGGCGUCGGAGCUGCUGCUUGGUCUGGCUGCCCAGCGAGGUGCCUUGAGAUACCUUCUGGAGUGGAUAGAGAUGGCUCUGGGUGCUUCAGCUGUGGUGAACACCAUGGAGAAAAGCAAGCUGCUGCAGAGUCCAGAGGGGAUGAUCAGCUUUGACUGCUUCAUGAGUAUAUUGACCCAGAUGCGACGGUCUCUGGGCUCGUCCGCCGACCGGAGUCAAUGGAGGGAGCCAACCAGGACAUCUGAUGGCUUGUGCUCCCUGUAUGAGGCGGCUCUGUGUUUGUUUGAGGAGGUGUGCCGAAUGGCCUCAGACUAUUCCAGGACAUGUGCCAGCCCUGACAGCAUCCAGACUGGGGAUGCCCCCAUUGUGUCUGAGACCUGUGAGGUGUAUGUCUGGGGCAGUAACAGCAGCCAUCAGCUGGUGGAAGGAACUCAAGAGAAGAUACUUCAGCCCAAGCUCGCUCCGAGUUUUUCUGAUGCACAGACAAUUGAAGCUGGACAAUAUUGUACCUUUGUCAUUUCUACGGAUGGCUCUGUCCGAGCCUGUGGGAAAGGCAGCUAUGGGAGACUCGGACUGGGUGACUCCAAUAAUCAGUCCACACUGAAAAAACUGACUUUUGAGCCUCACAGGUCUAUCAAAAAGGUGUCAUCUUCAAAAGGAUCCGAUGGCCACACUUUAGCAUUUACAACAGAAGGGGAAGUCUUCAGCUGGGGUGACGGUGACUACGGAAAACUGGGACAUGGAAAUAGCUCAACUCAGAAAUAUCCCAAACUUAUUCAGGGUCCCCUGCAAGGAAAGGUGGUUGUGUGUGUGUCAGCGGGGUACAGGCACAGCGCUGCUGUCACAGAGGAUGGAGAGCUCUACACGUGGGGAGAGGGAGACUUCGGGAGAUUGGGUCACGGUGACAGCAACAGCCGCAACAUUCCCACUCUGGUGAAAGACAUCAGCAACGUGGGAGAGGUUUCCUGUGGCAGUUCACACACCAUAGCUCUGUCCAAAGAUGGCAGAACAGUGUGGUCAUUUGGAGGAGGAGACAAUGGCAAACUUGGUCAUGGUGAUACCAACAGGGUGUACAAGCCUAAAGUUAUAGAAGCCUUGCAAGGAAUGUUCAUUCGGAAGGUCUGUGCUGGGAGCCAAUCCUCGCUUGCCUUGACAUCGACGGGGCAGGUGUACGCGUGGGGCUGCGGGGCCUGCCUGGGCUGCGGCUCCUCGGAGGCGACUGCGCUCAGACCCAAACUGGUGGAGGAGCUGGCUGCCACCAGGAUAGUCGACAUCUCCAUUGGGGACAGUCACUGCUUGGCACUCUCUCAUGAUAAUGAAGUCUAUGCUUGGGGUAACAAUUCCAUGGGGCAGUGUGGUCAGGGAAACUCCACUGGGCCCAUCACUAAACCGAAGAAAGUGAGUGGUUUAGAUGGAGUUGCAAUUCAGCAGAUCUCAGCAGGAACUUCCCAUAGCCUUGCCUGGACAGCUCUUCCAAGGGACAGGCAGGUCGUGGCGUGGCACAGACCCUACUGCGUGGACCUGGAGGAAAGCACCUUCUCUCAUCUCCGCUCCUUCCUCGAGCACUACUGUGACAAAAUCAACAGUGAAAUCCCCCCUCUUCCUUUUCCCUCCUCAAGGGAACACCACAAUUUUCUGAAAUUGUGUCUGAAGCUGCUUUCUAAUCACCUUGCACUUGCCCUGGCUGGGGGUGUUGCCACCAGCAUUCUGGGUCGCCAGGCCGGGCCUCUCCGAAACCUCCUGUUCAGGCUGAUGGACUCCUCUGUCCCUGAUGAAAUUCAGGAAGUUGUAAUCGAGACUCUGUCAGUAGGAGCAACUAUGCUGCUUCCUCCACUGCGAGAGAGAAUGGAAUUGCUCCAUUCCCUUCUCCCCCAAGGCCCUGAUAGAUGGGAGAGCUUAUCAAAAGGACAGAGAAUGCAGCUGGACAUCAUUCUGACAAGCUUGCAGGAUCACACCCACGUGGCCUCCCUGCUGGGCUACAGCUCCCCCUCGGACAGCAGCGAGAGCUCCUCGCUGUGCGUCAGCUACGGAAACCUCUCCGAGCAAACCUACGCUGUGCAGAGCAGCCACCCCGACACUCACCUGGCUGAGAUCCUCAUGAAGACUCUGCUGAGAAACUUGGGAUUUUAUACAGACCAAGCCUUUGGAGAACUGGAAAAAAACAGUGAUAAAUUUUUACUGGGUACAUCAUCAUCGGAAAACAGCCAACCUGCUCAUCUUCAUGAGCUUUUAUGUUCCCUGCAGAAACAGCUGCUGGCUUAUUGCCACAUCAACAGUGUCAGUGAGAAUUCCAGCAGCGUGGCUCUGCUCCACAAACACCUCCAGCUUUUGUUGCCUCACGCCACAGAUAUCUAUUCCCGUUCUGCAACCCUGCUGAAGGAAAGCUCUUGGAAUGGUAGCGUUGGGGAAAAACUGAGAGAUGUGAUUUACGUGUCAGCUGCUGGCAGUAUGCUCUCCCAGAUUGUCAACUCCCUGCUGCUGCUGCCCGUGUCAGUGGCCCGGCCUUUGCUGAGUUACCUGCUGGAUCUGCUGCCACCUUUAGAUCGUCUCAACAGACUGCUGCCUGCUGCAGCCCUGCUGGAGGAUCAGGAACUGCAGUGGCCUCUUCAUGGUGGCCCUGAGCUGAUCGAUCCUGCGGGGGUGCCCCUGCCCCAGCCCGCCCAGUCCUGGGUGUGGCUCGUCGACCUGGAGAGGACGGUGGCCUUGCUCAUCGGGAGGUGCCUGGGGGGGAUGCUCCAGGGCCCUCCAGUGUCCCCUGAGGAACAGGACACAGCCUACUGGCUCAAAACCCCCCUCUUCAGUGACGGGGUGGAAAUGGACAUUCCUCAUUUAGACAAAUGCAUGAGCUCCCUGUUAGAAGUGGCCCUGUCUGGAAAUGAGGAGCAGAAACCCUUUGACUAUAAACUGAGACCUGAAAUUACAGUUUAUGUUGACUUGGCCUUGGGCUGUACAAAAGAGCCAGCAAGGAGCCUCUGGAUCAGUAUGCAAGACUAUGCUGUCAGUAAAGAUUGGGACACUGCAACUUUAAGUAACGAAUCGCUCCUCGACACCGUGUCCAGAUUUGUUCUUGCAGCUCUUCUGAAGCACACGAGUUUACUUAACCAAGCUUGUGGGGAGAGCAGGUACCAGCCUGGCAAGGCCCUGGCAGAAGUUUACCGCUGCGUGUACAAGGUUCGCAGCCGUUUGCUCGCCUGCAAGAACAUGGAACUCAUCCAGACCAGGUCAUCCUCAAGAGACAGAUGGAUGCUGGAUAACCAAGAAUCUGCUGAUGUCGAUGCUCAAGAACAUUCCUUUACUCGCACAAUCGAUGAGGAAGCAGAGAUGGAGGAGCAGGCAGAACGGGACAGAGAGGAAGGACACCCAGAGCAAGAAGAUGAGGAGGAGGAAAGAGAACAUGAAGUUAUGACAGCUGGUAAAAUAUUUCAAUGUUUCCUAUCAGCCCGUGAAGUAGCUCGCAGUCGGGAGCGGGAUAGGAUGAGCACUGGGCCAGGGACUAGACUUGAUGAUCCACCCCCUCAGUCUCAGCAGGAAAGGAGGAUCAGCACAGACCUGACGGAAGGCCAGGAUGUUUACACCGCUGCCUGCAACUCGGUGAUCCACAGGUGUGCCCUGUUGAUCCUGGGGGUGAGCCCCGUGCUGGAGGAGCUGCAGAGGCGCCGGGAGGACGGGCACUCGCAGCAGCCGCCCCCGGCCACCCCCGACGGCAUCGGCAUCAUGACCAGGAGUGAAAGCCUGACAGCAGAAAGUCGCUCCAUCCACGCCAGCUCGAGCUACAGACUGAUUAAAUCAAGGAGUGAGUCCGAUUUGUCUCAGCCAGAAUCAGAUGAGGAAGGUUAUUCACUGAGUGGAAGACGAAAUGUUGAUUUGGAUUUGGCAGCAUCGCACAGAAAGAGGGUGUAUUUACUCCUUUUUGGCCAGUUGAGCCCCAGAAAAAAGAAGAGCUUCAAGCAAGUAACCGAUGGGACAAUUCACGGGCAGCUGGAAUCCCUGAGCGAGUCGUGGGUGCGGCUGAAGCAGGGCAGGGACUGGCUGUGCACGCCCUCCUGCUCCUUCCUGGAGCCCGACUUCGACCUCUCCCGCUCCCUGGGAGUUCACACCUUGAUUGAAAACGUCGUCAGCUUCGUCAGUGGAGAUGUGGGCAACUCGCCAGGGUUUAAGGAGCCCGAGGAGAGCAUGUCCACCAGCCCCCAGGCAUCAGUCAUUGCAAUGGAGCAGCAGCAGCUCAGGGCUGAGCUUCGUCUGGAAGCCCUUCACCAGAUUUUGGUGCUCCUGUCAGGCAUGGAGGAGAAGGGCAGUGUGCCGUUGAUGGGAAGCCGUCAGGUAGCAGGAUUUCAAUCCUCUUCGUUGCUCACUUCUGUCAGACUGCAGUUCCUCGCUGGCUGCUUUGGGUUGGGCACUGUGGGCCAUGCAGGUGCCAAGGGAGAGAGUGUCAGGCUGCAUCACUACCAGGAUGGUAUCAGAGCAGCCAAGAGAAGUAUUCAGAUUGAAAUCCAGGUGGCUGUGCACAAAAUCUACCAGCAGUUAUCUGCUACUUUAGAAAGAGCCCUGCAAGCUAACAAGCACCACAUAGAAGCGCAGCAGCGCCUGCUCCUGGUGACAGUCUUUGCUCUCAGCGUGCACUACCAGCCUGUGGAUGUGUCCCUGGCCAUUUCCACGGGGCUGCUCAACGUGCUGUCCCAGCUGUGUGGCACAGACACCAUGCUGGGCCAGCCCCUGCAGCUGCUGCCCAAAACUGGCAUUUCCCAGCUCAGCACAGCUCUGAAAGUGGCCAGUACGAGGCUCCUGCAGAUCCUCGCCAUCACCACGGGAACCUAUGCUGAUAAACUGAGCCCAAAGGUGGUGCAGUCUUUGCUGGAUUUACUGUGCAGCCAGCUGAAGAACUUGUUGUCACAAGCUGGGGUGAUGCUUAUGGCUUCCUUUGGAGAAGGGGACGGGGAGGAAGAGGAGGUGGAAUCAAAAAAGGUGGAUUCAAGUGGGGAUAAUGAGAAGAGAGACUUCAGAGAACAGCAGCAGGACUGCCAGUCGAGCUGUGAUGACAGCGUUUCAUUUCCCUCCCCAGCUGCCCUGCGCAAGCAGCACGCGGCAGAGCUGCACCUGGGGGACUUCCUGGUUUUCCUGCGGAGAGUUGUGUCUUCCAAAGCGAUCCAGUCCAAGAUGGCAUCUCCCAAGUGGACAGAAGUGCUCCUGAACAUUGCUUCUCAGAAGUGCUGCUCAGGAGUUCCCUUGGUUGGCAACCUGAGGACCAGGCUGCUGGCGCUGCACGUGCUGGAAGCAGUGCUGCCUGCCUGUGAAUCCGGCGUUGAAGAUGAUCAGAUGGCUCAGGUUGUUGAGAGAUUGUUCUCACUUCUGUCUGACUGCAUGUGGGAGACUCCGAUAGCUCAGGCCAAACACGCCAUUCAAAUCAAGGAGAAAGAGCAAGAAAUGAAGCUGCAGAAGCAGGGAGAGUCUGAAGAUGAGGAUGAGAAUCUUCCCAUCCAGGAGGUGUCCUUUGAUCCUGAGAAAGCUCAGUGCUGCAUAGUGGAGAACGGGCAGAUUCUGACUCAUGGCAGUGGAGGCAAAGGAUACGGUUUAGCAUCCACUGGAGUCACUUCUGGCUGUUACCAGUGGAAGUUCUACAUCGUGAAGGAGAAUCGAGGCAAUGAGGGCACCUGCGUGGGGGUUUCCCGCUGGCCCGUCCACGACUUUAACCAUCGCACCACCUCGGACAUGUGGCUCUACAGAGCCUACAGUGGCAACCUCUACCACAAUGGAGAGCAGACCUUGACCCUGUCCAGCUUCACCCAAGGAGAUUUCAUCACCUGUGUGCUCGAUAUGGAAGCGAGAACCAUUUCCUUUGGGAAAAACGGAGAGGAGCCCAAACUGGCUUUUGAAGAUGUGGAUGCAGCUGAGUUAUACCCCUGUGUUAUGUUCUACAGCAGUAACCCAGGAGAGAAGGUGAAAAUCUGUGACAUGCAGAUGCGAGGGACACCCAGAGACCUCCUGCCCGGGGACCCCAUCUGCAGUCCCGUGGCUGCCGUGCUGGCAGAGGCCACCAUCCAGCUGAUCCGGAUCCUGCACCGCACCGACCGCUGGACGCACUGCAUCAACAAAAAGAUGAUGGAGAGGCUGAACAAAAUCAAAACCUGCCUCAAAGAAGCGGGGCAGAAGCUCAAGAAGAGCCGCUCGGUUCAAAGCCGGGAGGAGAGCGAGGCGAGAGAGGAGAAGGAGAGCAAGGAGGAGGAGAAGGGCAAGCACGGGCGGCACGGGCUGGCUGAGCUGUCGGAGCUGCAGCUGAAGAUGCUGUGUGCCGAGGUGUGGCCCGUGCUGGCCGUCAUCGGAGGGGUGGAUGCCGGCCUCAGGGUCGGAGGGCGCUGCGUGCACAAGCAGACGGGCCGGCACGCCACCCUGCUGGGCGUGGUCAAGGAGGGCAGCACCUCUGCCAAGGUGCAGUGGGACGAGGCAGAGAUCACCAUCAGCUUCCCAACUUUUUGGUCGCCUAGUGACACCCCCCUGUAUAACCUGGAGCCCUGUGAGCCACUGCCUUUUGACGUUGCAAGAUUUCGUGGGCUGACAGCUACUGUGUUGCUGGACCUUACCUAUCUGACUGGCAUUCACGAAGACGUGGGAAAGCAGAGCACCAAGAGGCACGAGAAAAAACACAGGCACGAAUCCGAAGAGAAAGGGGAAACGGACCAGAAGGCAGAGGGCGACGCCGGCUCGGACGCGCGGUUGGGGCCGAGCGCCGACGAUGGCAAAGGACACGGUGCCACGAGCUCCAAGUCGGAGAACGAAAUCGUUUCCUUCUCUUUAGAGCCUUCAACGCUAGGUAUGGAAUCCCAACACCAACCCGGGGAAGGAAGGAAAAAGAACCACGAGCACAGCCCGAGGAGUCACGACAUAGUGCAGUCCGAGAUCAGGGCUGUGCAGCUCUCCUACCUUUACCUGGGGGCCAUGAAGUCCCUCAGCGUCCUGCUGAGCUGCAGUAAAUACGCCGAGCUGCUGCUCAUCCCCAAGGUGCUGGCAGAGAACGGGCACAACUCGGACUGCGCCGGCUCCCCGGUGGUGCACGAGGACGUGGAGAUGAGGGCGGCCCUGCAGUUCCUCAUGAGGCACAUGGUCAAACGGGCGGUCAUGAGGUCACCCAUCAAGAGAGCCCUGGGGCUGGCAGACCUGGAGCGGGCACAAGCCAUGAUCUACAAGCUAGUGGUUCAUGGGCUGCUGGAGGACCAGUUUGGUGGCAGACUUAAACCAGAAGUGGAGCAACAAGUGGAAGAAGGUGAUCAGUCUCAGCAAGCCCAGACUCCAGUGACAACCAGCCCUUCUGCUUCCAGCACAACUUCUUUCAUGAGCAGCUCUCUGGAGGAUACAACCACUGCUACUACUCCAGUCACUGAUACAGAAACAGUUCCAGCUUCAGAAUCACCUGGGGUUAUGCCUCUCAGCCUUCUUAGGCAAAUGUUCUCCAGUUACCCAACCACAACUGUGCUUCCAGCACGGCGUGCUCAGACUCCUCCAAUAUCUUCCUUACCAACAUCUCCUUCAGAUGAGGUUGGAAGGAGACAAAGCCUGACUUCCCCUGAUUCCCAGUCUGCCAGGCCUGCCAAUCGUACAGCUCUGUCUGAUCCAAGCAGCCGACUUUCCACAUCCCCCCCUCCUCCUGCCAUCGCUGUGCCAUUGCUGGAAAUGGGCUUCUCCCUCAGGCAGAUUGCCAAAGCUAUGGAAGCCACAGGUGCCAGAGGAGAAGCAGAUGCACAGAACAUCACAGUCCUGGCCAUGUGGAUGAUAGAGCACCCUGGCAAUGAGGAUGACGAGGAGCCCCAGUCGGAGGGGACUGCGGAGUCACGGCACGGGACAAUCGUCUCCGGCAGUGGGGGGAAGUCUGGAGAUCAUUGCUAUUUGCAGUCUCCAGGGGAUAUCCCUUCUGCUGAUGCCACUGAAAUGGAGGAAGGCUUUAGUGAGAGCCCUGAUAACAUGGAUCACGUGGACAAUGCAGCUGCUGCCAGUGGCCCUCCCUCCAGGAGUCGCUCGGCUGUGACACGGAGGCACAAAUUCGACCUGGCUGCCCGGACCCUGCUGGCACGGGCUGCGGGGUUGUACCGCUCCGUGCAGGCCCACAGGAACCAGAGCCGCCGGGAAGGGAUCUCCUUGCAGCAGGAUCCGGGAGCUCUCUACGACUUCAACCUGGACGAGGAGCUGGAGAUCGACCUGGAUGACGAAGCCAUGGAAGCCAUGUUUGGGCAAGACCUGGCUAGUGAUAAUGAUAUUCUGGGAAUGUGGAUCCCAGAGGUAUUGGACUGGCCUACCUGGCACGUCUGCGAGGCUGAGGACAGAGAAGAGGUGGUGGUGUGUGAGCUGUGCGAGUCCAGCGUGGUGAGCUUCAACCAGCACAUGAAGAGGAACCACCCCGGCUGCGGGCGCAGCGCCAACCGGCAGGGCUAUCGCAGCAACGGCUCCUACGUGGACGGCUGGUUCGGGGGCGAGUGUGGCAGUGGGAACCCCUACUACUUGUUGUGUGGCAUCUGCAGAGAGAAGUACCUGGCCCUGAAGAGCAAAUCCAAAACGUCCACUUCCGAAAGGUACAAAGGCCAGGCUCCUGAUUUGAUAGGUAAACAAGACAGUGUUUAUGAAGAAGACUGGGAUAUGUUAGAUGUAGAUGAAGAUGAAAAGCUGACAGGAGAAGAAGAGUUUGAAUUACUGGCUGGCCCUCUUGGGUUGAACGAUCGACGCAUCGUCCCCGAGCCCGUCCAGUUCCCCGACAGUGACCCCCUGGGGGCUUCUGUUGCGAUGGUCACAGCCACCAACAGCAUGGAGGAAACGCUGAUGCAAAUAGGCUGUCACGGCUCAAUAGAGAAGAGUUCCUCUGGCAGGAUAACCCUGGGAGAACAGGCAGCUGCCCUGGCCAAUCCACACGACCGGGUCAUGGCUCUGAGGAGAGUGACAGCUGCUGCCCAAGUCCUCCUGGCAAGAACCAUGGUUAUGAGAGCACUCUCACUAUUGUCUGUCAGUGGUUCCAGUUGCAGCCUGGCAGCUGGCCUGGAGUCCCUGGGGCUGACGGACAUCCGGACGUUGGUGCGGUUGAUGUGCCUGGCGGCGGCGGGCAGAGCAGGGCUCUCCACCAGCCCAUCCACAGUGUCCAGCUCAGCAGAGAGAGCCAGGGGCAUCCACAGCAAAACCAGCAAGCCCAUCUCUUGCCUUGCCUACCUGAGCACUGCAGUUGGGUGCCUGGCAUCGAACACUCCCAGUGCUGCAAAGCUGCUGGUGCAGUUGUGCACGCAGAAUUUGAUUUCUGCAGCAACUGGCGUGAAUUUGACAACAGUCGAUGAUCCAAUUCAGCGGAAAUUUUUGCCAAGUUUUUUAAGGGGGAUUGCAGAAGAAAACAAACUUGUCACAUCUCCAAAUUUUGUGGUUACUCAAGCACUUGUAGCAUUGUUGGCAGACAAAGGGGCCAAACUGAGGCCAAACUAUGAUAAAGCUGAAAUUGAAAAGAAAGGUUUAAUUGCCCAUUUGUAUGCCCAUCCUUCCUAUGAUCCCUCUGCUGUAGGCCCUCUGGAGCUGGCGAACGCGCUGGCCGCGUGCUGCCUGUCCUCGCGCCUGUCCUCGCAGCACCGCCAGUGGGCCGCCCAGCAGCUCGUGCGCACGCUCGCCGCCCACGACAGGGACAACCAGAGCGUCCCCCAGACCCUGGCUGACAUGGGGGGGGACCUCAGGAAGUGCUCCUUCAUCAAGCUGGAGGCUCACCAGAACAGGGUCAUGACGUGUGUUUGGUGCAAUAAAAAGGGACUUUUGGCCACCAGUGGGAACGAUGGCACCAUCAGAGUGUGGAAUGUGACCAAGAAGCAGUACUCACUGCAGCAAACCUGCGUGCUCAACAAGCUAGAAGGUGAUUCUGAAGAAAGCCUGGGGUCACCCAGUGACCUGAGUUUAUCUCUUGUCUGUUGGAGCAUCAGUGGCAAAUACCUGGCUGGAGCUACAGAAAAGAUGGUGAACAUAUGGCAAGUCAAUGGAGGAAAAGGGUUGUUAGAUCUUCAGCCUCACUGGGUGUCUGCUCUGGCCUGGCCAGAAGAAGGCCCAGCUGCAGCCUGGACGGGGGAUGCUCCAGAAUUCCUGUUAAUUGGCCGCAUGGAUGGAUCUCUCGCUCUCAUUGAAGUUGUGGAUAUCUCAGCCAUGCACAGGCUAGAACUGGAACACUGCUACAGAAAGGAUGUGUCUGUCACGUGCCUUGCCUGGUUCAGCGAGGACAGACCGUUUGCUGUGGGCUAUUCUGAUGGAAAAUUGCUGAUAGGGACAAAGGAGCCACUGGAGAAAGGAGGAGUCGUUGUCAUCGAUGCCCAUAAGGACAUGGUUGUGAGCAUGAAGUGGGAUCCAACUGGGAAGAUUCUCCUGACAUGUGCCAAAGAAGAGACCGUGAAGCUCUGGGGGUUCCUGGGGGGCUGCUGGAGGCGCCUGCACUCGCUGUCCCACCCUGCUCUGGUGAAUGGCAUCGCCUGGUGUGCCCUGCCAGGGAAGGGGCCCAAGCCCCAGCUCCUGCUGGCCACGGGCUGCCACAAUGGCCUGGUGUGUGUCUGGACUGUUCCCCAGGACGUUGUGAUCACGCUGCAGUCCAGCUCAGCUUGCUCAGAAGGGUGGUGGGAGCAAGAAACAAGUGCCAAGGAUGGAUUCAGGAAGGCAGUGGAAGUCAAGUGUGUGUUCCAGCUGAGGGGACACAUCACUCCUGUCAGGACUGUUGCAUUCAGCCCUGAUGGACUGGCCUUGGUGUCUGGGGGCCUGGGGGGCCUCAUGAACAUUUGGUCUUUACGGGAUGGCUCCGUGUUGCAGAGUGUUGUGAUAGGCUCUGGAGCAAUCCAGACUGCAGUGUGGAUACCUGAGGUUGGAGUAGCUGCCUGUUCCAACAGAUCAAAGGAUGUGCUGGUGGUGAACUGCACCUCCGAGUGGAUCUCUGCCAACCACGUCCUGGCCACCUGCAGGACUGCUCUGAAGCAGCAGGGAGUGCUGGGGCUGAACAUGGCUCCCUGCAUGAGAGCCUUCCUGGAGCGGCUGCCCAUCAUGCUGCAGGAGCAGUAUGCCUAUGAGAAGCCCCACGUGGUGUGUGGAGACCAGCUGGUGCACAGCCCCUACAUGCAGUGCUUGGCCUCGCUGGCCGUGGGCCUUCACCUGGACCAGCUGCUGUGCAACCCGCCCGUGCCUCCCCACCUGCAGAGCUGCCUGCCCGACCCCUCGGCCUGGAACCCCUCCGAGUGGGCCUGGCUCGAGUGCUUCUCCACCACCAUCAAAGCUGCAGAAGCCCUGGCCAAGGGAGCCCAGUUCCCAGAAUCCUUUACUGUGCCAGACCUGGAGCCUGUUCCCGAGGAUGAGCUCACUCUGCUGAUGGAUAACAGCAAAUGGAUCAAUGGCAUGGAUGAGCAGAUCAUGUCCUGGGCAACAUCAAGGCCAGAGGACUGGCACCUGGGAGGGAAGUGUGACGUGUACCUGUGGGGAGCAGGCAGGCACGGGCAGCUGGCAGAGGCUGGCAGGAACGUCAUGAUACCGGUGGCAGCACCUUCAUUCUCUCAGGCUCAGCAGGUGGUUUGUGGCCAGAACUGCACCUUUGUCAUUCAAGCCAACGGCACCGUUUUGGCCUGUGGGGAAGGGAGUUACGGACGACUGGGGCAAGGAAAUUCUGAUGAUCUCCAUGUGCUCACAGUCAUUUCAGCACUGCAAGGCUUUGUUGUGACACAGCUGGUGACCUCGUGUGGCUCCGAUGGGCACUCCAUGGCUCUGACGGAGAGCGGGGAAGUUUUCAGCUGGGGAGAUGGAGAUUACGGCAAGCUGGGCCACGGCAACAGCGACCGGCAGCGCAGGCCCCGGCAGAUCGAGGCCCUGCAGGGAGAAGAAGUGGUGCAGAUGUCCUGUGGCUUCAAACACUCAGCUGUGGUGACAGCAGAUGGCAAACUCUUUACGUUUGGAAAUGGUGAUUACGGUCGAUUAGGACUUGGAAACACUUCCAAUAAGAAACUUCCAGAACGAGUGACGGCGCUGGAAGGUUACCAGAUUGGACAGGUGGCCUGUGGCCUCAAUCACACUGUAGCUGUGUCAACAGAUGGCUCAAUGGUCUGGGCUUUUGGAGAUGGAGACUAUGGGAAGCUUGGUCUGGGAAAUUCCACUGCAAAGUCCUCACCACAGAAAGUGGAUAUUCUCUGUGGAAUUGGAAUUAAAAAAGUGGCCUGUGGAACCCAGUUCUCUGUUGCACUGACAAAAGAUGGUCAUGUAUAUACUUUUGGACAAGAUCGCCUCAUCGGGCUGCCCGAGGGCCGCGCCCGCAACCACAACCGGCCCCAGCAGGUGCCGGUGCUGUCGGGGAUCUUCAUCGAGGACAUCGCCGUGGGAGCAGAGCACACCCUGGCCCUGUCCUCCACGGGGGAUGUCUAUGCCUGGGGCAGCAAUUCUGAGGGGCAGCUGGGCCUGGGCCACACCAACCACGUGCGGGAGCCCACGCUGGUGACGGUGCUGCAGGGCAAGAACGUGCGGCAGAUCUCGGCCGGGCGCUGUCACAGCGCGGCCUGGACGGCACCGCCCGUGCCCCCGCGAGCUCCGGGUGUUUCAGUGCCUUUGCAGCUUGGUUUGCCUGAUGCCAUCCCACCACAGUACGGGGCACUGAAGGAAGUCAGCAUUCACACAGUGAGGGCGAGGCUCAGACUGCUGUACCACUUUUCUGACCUCAUGUACUCGUCGUGGAGAUUACUCAACCUCAGUCCCAAUAACCAGAACAGUACAUCUCACUACAACGCUGGAACGUGGGGAAUAGUGCAGGGCCAGCUGCGGCCCCUGCUGGCACCGCGGGUGUACACCCUGCCCAUGGUGCGCUCCAUAGGCAAGACCAUGGUGCAGGGCAAGAACUACGGGCCCCAGAUCACUGUGAAGAGGAUCUCCACCAGAGGUCGGAAGUGCAAGCCCAUCUUCGUGCAGAUAGCCAGGCAGGUGGUGAAGCUGAACGCCUCGGACCUGCGCCUGCCCUCGCGGGCCUGGAAGGUGAAACUGGUGGGAGAAGGAGCUGACGACGCAGGUGGAGUGUUCGAUGACACUAUUACAGAAAUGUGUCAGGAACUGGAAACUGGAAUCGUAGACCUGCUCAUUCCUUCCCCAAAUGCUACAGCUGAAGUUGGCUACAACAGGGACAGGUUUCUCUUUAACCCUUCAGCCUGUUUAGAUGAGCACCUGAUGCAGUUCAAGUUCUUGGGCAUUCUCAUGGGGGUGGCAAUUCGUACCAAAAAGCCAUUAGAUCUUCAUUUGGCUCCAAUGGUCUGGAAGCAACUCUGUUGUAUCCCACUCAUCUUGGAGGAUUUGGAGGAGGUAGAUCUGCUCUAUGUGCAGACCCUCAACAGCAUUCUUCACAUUGAAGACAGUGGGAUUACUGAAGAAAAUUUCCAUGAGAUGAUUCCUUUAGAUUCUUUUGUUGGCCAAAGUGCUGAUGGUAAAAUGGUUCCCAUAAUCCCUGGAGGGAACAGUAUCCCACUUACCUUUUCAAACAGGAAAGAGUACGUGGAGAGGGCGAUUGAGUACAGACUCCAUGAGAUGGACCGGCAGGUGGCUGCUGUCAGGGAGGGAAUGUCCUGGAUCGUUCCCGUUCCUUUGCUGUCCCUUCUGACUGCCAAGCAGUUGGAGCAGAUGGUCUGUGGGAUGCCGGAAAUCUCCGUUGAAGUUCUGAAGAAAGUGGUGCGAUACAGGGAGGUGGAUGAGCAGCAUCAGCUGGUGCAGUGGUUCUGGCACACCCUGGAGGAGUUUUCCAAUGAGGAGAGAGUCCUUUUCAUGAGGUUUGUGUCGGGAAGAUCUCGACUGCCAGCCAACACAGCUGAUAUCUCUCAGCGAUUCCAAAUAAUGAAGGUUGAUAGGCCUUACGACAGCUUGCCUACCUCACAGACUUGUUUCUUUCAACUGCGGCUGCCGCCGUACUCCAGCCAGCUGGUGAUGGCCGAGCGCCUGCGCUAUGCAAUCAACAACUGCCGCUCCAUCGACAUGGACAAUUACAUGCUCUCCCGCAACGUGGACAAUGCCGAGGGCUCCGACACGGAUUACUGACACUCUGUGAACAAAAUCACCUUCCUUUUCCUACAGAUAGUGCCCUGAGUCCGAGUCACCGUUGACAUAAUUUUACAGUAACCAUAGAUGUUUUAGGAGCAUAAAAAAACCCAGAUGUUAAUAGGUGGUGGCCACGUUUUAGUUACUCUAAAUGUAACAAACAAACAACAACAACAACAACAAAUUAGAUGUUUUUAUUUUUUUGUGAUUGUACAAAAGAAAAAAAAAAGGAAAAACAAAACAAAAAAGUCUGAUGGGUAAGUUUUUUUCUCCUUUUUUUGGUCACUUUUGAUAAGUUUGCAUGGAGACAUUUUGGUGCAUUUUUGUUGGGAAUAGUACAUUUGUAAGCCCUCCCAGUGAAGAGUUGUACAUCCCAAUGAAGAGUUGUACAUUGUGUAUAAUUGUUCAUUAGCCAGGACUGUUUUACAUGAAUAUUCACAUAUUUAUUUUGUUUUAAUUUGAAUUGCCUGUGCAGGGUUCCUUAUGCAGAGAAAAAUAAAGCAAAUUCAAGGACCGGUGGCUUGUUA